AGAGUGGGACCCACUGAAUCGGUUACGUUAUCGGCAAUACAUCAACGUUGCGAUCAUGUUGUGUGGGCAUGGCGUCACUUAUCACCCCUGCGCAUGUUAGCAACAAGAAGCCCUUGCAUCUAUCCAGUUGGAAGGCGAAGCGUGUGAGGUGCGCAGUGUCACCCCCGACAUGGCGCGAAGGGCUGCGCACUGUGUCAUUGUCUCUGGUUAUCUCACACUUGCUUCUCAUUCCUAACCGUACGUGUUUGUUUCACCGUUUCUUCUUUCGCAUGGUGAUGCUGCCCAAGCAAAUCCUUUCGAUAAGUAUGUUAAGAGAAAAAACAUUAGAGGGUGAGGAACCCCAAUUCACCCUCUGCCGGUCUCCAUCUCGUUCUGGGCCUGCAGCAUCACUUCGUGUAAAUAUUAGAGCAGGAGAAGGAGAUGAAGAUGGCAAAACGAAACCACAAACUUCCUUGGUGGUGCAGUACGCAUUUGACAGUGGCAAUGGUAAAACUGCAUUCAAUGAUGUUGAUGAAUGCCUGAGGUCACUGGAAGAACUUGAUUCCUUGCUUCUUCAUGCAUCAAGAAAUGAUCCUGAAGCCUCAGUCAAAUCAAUGAAGACAAAAAUCAAUUCUGCCCUUGGCGCUCUGGACAGCCUCUUACAAACCGUACCUUCAGAUGUGCUGAGUAAAGGAGAGGUUAUAGCUGAUUCAUACAGGGAACCGGAAGACGAGGAAACAGGGAGUUUGGACCCUGAUUUAAAGCAACUAGAAUCAAUACUAUGAAUACCUAACAUACUUGCCGUUUCUGAGUAGCCACGAUAGUUAAGACUUAAGACCAUGGAACCUAUGUUCCAAAGGCAGAACCUUAAAACAAAAAUAACAUUGUGUAUCGAAAUAUAAAAAAAUUGUACGAGUCUAUUA